GCUCUUAUCUUACACAGCUUGUGCAGUUUUUUUCGUGUUUGUGUUGUGCAGAGAGAGAAAUCUUGCUUGGGGAAGUGUUUUUUUGUGUUUGUGUUGUUUAACAAUGGCUCGAAAGGAAUUCUCAGGAAGCUCUAUUUGCCUCCUCCUCCUCACUUUUUAUAUCUCCUUCUCCUUAGGAGAUGACAAUGAACCCGGACUAGCUGACUCAUGUAUGUGUGGUAACGAUGACAUAUACAUUGUACAGGGUCAAGAGUAUAAUCCAGGGAUUCCGACAUUCACUGUGACAAUAAUCAACACAUGCUUAUCUACAUGCAAGCCACGAAACAUUCAUAUGUAUUGUGGGUGGUUUGCAUCGUGGGAUUGGGUGGAUCCUAAGGAUUUCAGACGCAUUUCUUAUGAUGACUGCCUUGUCAAUUAUGGAAGACCUAUGGCGCCAUUCGAUUCCAUUUAUUUUACAUACUCCAAUACAUAUAUGUACCCUUUGAGUGUUAAAUCUGUUGAGUUUGUUUAGUCUUAUUGCCUCCAUGUUUAAUGCUUCCUGUGGUUGGCAAUGGAGAUUUUGCUUUGUCUUACUCGUUCAGAAAUAAGAUAUAAAUAAAGUUCUCUUCAAGUUU